CUGACAUCUUUUGGAGGUUAAGUUAUUAUUAUUUAAACUGAAAAUAUGACAAAUGCAUCAGUGUUUUGUUGUUUGAGAGGUUGCUUAGAUGGCUUCAAAUACACAGAAAAUGUACCAAGUAUGCCUAAGGAAAGUCCAAUCCGAUUGGAUACAAAUUUUAUGGGAUAUGAGGUAGUAAUAGUCAAAGGGGGACAAAGGGUUUGUGGUGCAGGUGCAGCUUUAGGUAAUGCUCCAUUAGUCCAGUCUAAAUCUUAUUUUGAAGCUAAAAUACAACAAGGCGGUUCUUGGUCUAUAGGCCUAGCUACAAGACAGACUGAUUUAAGCUUAACGCAAGGUGGUAUGGAUGAACAUUCAUGGGCCUUAUGUAGUGACCAUAUAAUAAGACAUAAUAAAAAAGAAUUGUUCAAAAUUUACACAGGAGAUGCAACAGAAGGAAUACAUUUACAAGAGGGAGAUCUCAUUGGUGUUUCUUAUGAUCACAUUCAACUCAAAUUUUACGUUAAUGGAAAAGAAUUAGACCAAAGUGUAACUAAUGUUAAAGGAACAGUUUAUCCUGCUAUAUAUGUUGAUGAUGGGGCCAUUGUAGAUAUAAUAUUAGAUAACUUUAUUCAUUCAUCUCCUCCUGGAUUUGAGAAAAUAAUGCUGGAACAGUCUUUGCUAUAAAGUGCAAGUGCACCUAAAUACAUUUGUACAUUGCACUAUUAUUUAUUGAUGUAUUAAAUACCCUUAAAAUCAA